UCUUCUUGGCGACUUCAACAUCCAGUCAGAGAAGUCAUCCGAUCUACUUAUUUUAAUUUCCUCUCUUUCUCUCUCACUUGCUCCUUCUCCACCAACUCAAAAAGCUGGCAACCACCUUGACCUAAUUUUCACCAGAAACUGCUCCACCUCUAACCUCAAGGUAACUCUACUUCAUGUCUCUGGUCAUUUCUUCAUAUCCUACUCUCUCCCACUCUCCCAAUCUGAUGAUCUCAUCUCAUCAGAUAUUGCACUUGUCCGUCUUAACAUUCGAUCUCUCUCCCCCUCCUCUCUGUCCUCAACUGUUCUAUCAGCACUUCCUUCAGCUGACUCCUUCUCCCUCAUGCAUCCCUCUCUUGUUUACAUGUUGCACAACAUCCAAAGGAUACGACCUCUUCUAACCCAGAAGGCAGCACAGGUUCUGGCCCAGCCUCUUGUCAUCUCACGCUUGGACUACUGCAACUCCCUCCUGGCUGGUCUCCCUGCGUGUUCCAUAUGACCUCUGCAACUCAUCCAGAAUGCAGCAGCUCGACUGGUCUUCAACUUACCAAAAUUCUCCCACACUACACCGCUCCUCCACUCCCUUCACUGGCUUCCUAUAGCUGUUCGCAUCCGCUUCAAGACUCGAUCCAUGCUACAAACGGAUCCGGUCCAGCCUAUUUCACCAUUCAAGUGCCACAACUGCAACAACAAUCAACUUUCUACUGAGACAGACAAACCCAACUUAAAGGGUUUUUUCGAUCAGUUUGAUCAAACCUUAAUUAUUUUGGAAGAUUAUUUGUUCUUUAUUCAAUACAUAUUUGAUACUUGCUCUGCUUUCCUUUUCCAGAUCAACGCUGAGUUUAUGCGAAUUACAACAGUUCCCUUGGAGACAAAGUUCUUGGCGCAGUUGGACAAGCACAUGUCCAAACUGCUGGAUGUCAUCAGGAGCAAGGGAGGACGUGUGCAAGAACAGACCAAGAGGACCUUGCAGGUUUUAGAUGAGACUGUGGACAUCACAAUAAGAAGAGAGUGCAUCCUUAAAUCUUUGAUGAUCUACCUGGGUGAACCUGUUCAUCACCUCAUCAAAGAAUACCAGGAAAAUGAAGCUGACGAACUGGAGCAGGCAACGAUGGCUAUCGUUGUCAGUGGACAAGAGGACAUUAAAAUAGUCAUCGAUGGAAUAGAGGUCCUGAAAGAGGUGCCCACAACUGCUGCGGCUGUUGCAAUGUUCUUCGGGCUCACCUACGCACUCAAACUAAAAUAUCCGAAAAAUUUGCAGCACACCCUUGAAUUUGUGCAAAAAGUCCUGAUGGAGCUUGGUGGAAAAAAUAUGUCCCCAAAAGUUCAUAGGCUGAGCACCCUGCUUUACAACCCAGAGUAGGCAGAGUUGAAUUCAACUCACUCGCCUGAUUUUGUUUUCCCAUUGCUGAGAACAAUUUAUAAUGUUUCUACAACCAAGACUUUGUACCCUUUUGAGGUUGGUGUUCGGAGUUUGCACUUGCAUGACAGCAUUUCCACUGCAAUAUUGACAAAAGUUUCUGCCCAAGUUAUCACAGGCACGAGUGGGCAGUGUGCUGAAAACUGGAGAGUGACUGCAUUUGCACUGCAGUGUUUGCACAGAUUUUUGAAUGUCAGAUUUUUUAGCCCAAGAGAGGGCCAGGAGCUACCUCACAUGUUUGCAUUGAAUUAAGGAGAUUCACACAAAUCAUCUGACAACACUUUAUUUUAAGGAAUAAUACCUGUAUUACGUUCCAUUUUGAAAUAGGACAAUUUUCUGAUUUUGUUUUUAGGAGCAUUUUCUGUUACUAUUAGUAACUUAUUUUAGUCAGUAUUUAAUUUACAUUUUCAAGCGAACAAACUGCAUGUAUGGUACAUUUGGUUCUCGCUGAACAGAAACAGACAUUUCUUGGUUGCUCUUUGUAUUUGAGAAGGACUGUUCUAAAGGACUAUGUUUAACUAUUUU